AUGAAGUACCUCUCCCUUCUAUUGGCUCUUGCUACCUACGCCGUUGCUGGGUCUGAUCCCAAAGAAGCCACCUGCGAGAAUGAAGAAACUGUCGUCUGCGAAAGCAACGGAAAUGGACUUGUGACUCUAGGCAAUAUCGCGACGGGCCUUCUUGGAGAAAGCUGCUCUAAUGGCAAUUUCUAUUGCUGCUCCACAAAAGAUGUCGAACAGAUCGGUGUUCUCAAUCUAGAUGUGAAUGUGCAGUGUUCUCUGAAUGACAUUCUUUGA